UGGGGCAGUCAGAGAAUGACAGCUGCAUCUCUAAUUAAACACACGCAAACGUUCUUUAAAAUUUCCCAGGGGCUGCUAUGGCUUUAAGGCUGCUGUCUGUUAACAAUGUCCUUUUAAAAUGUUUGAGAUCUUGCCAUUAUCGCUUGGCACGAGGAUUUAGCACUGGGGCAGCAGACUUUGGUCAAGUGAAUUUAAAAGGUCGCAGCUGUCUCACACUUAAAGAUUUCAACUCAGAAGAAAUCAAGAGGCUCCUGUGGGUGUCAGGGGACCUCAAGCAUCAGAUCAAGCAUAAAAAACAGUAUCUGCCUCUUCUACAAGGAAAGUCGAUUGCAAUGAUAUUUGAGAAGAGGAGCACCAGAACAAGAAUGUCCACAGAAACAGGUUUUGCUCUAUUGGGUGGACACCCUUGUUUCCUUACUUCACAGGACAUCCACUUGGGAGUGAAUGAGAGUUCCACAGACACAGCGAGGGUUCUUUCAGGACUUUGUGAUAUAGUUUUGGCACGCGUGUACAGCCACUCAACACUGGAGGAACUGGACAAGGAGGCUUCGAUUCCCAUCAUUAAUGGUCUUUCUGACCUUUAUCACCCCAUCCAAAUUUUGGCAGACUUCCUUACCUUACAGGAGCAUUAUGGUUCCCUUAGUGGACUGACAAUCAGCUGGAUUGGAGAUGGGAACAAUGUCCUCCACUCCUUCAUGAUGACUGCAGCCAAACUGGGAGUUCAUCUUAAAAUUGCUACGCCAAAGGGUUAUGAGCCAGAAAAAAGGGUUAUUGAAGAGGCACAGAGGCUGUCCAAACAGCAUGGGACCCAGCUUGUUCUGACCUCCGAUCCAAUGGAGGCUGCCCAAGGCAGCAACGUGUUGGUCACCGACACCUGGGUUAGCAUGGGACAGGAAGAAGAGAAGAAGAAGAGGGUUAAGGACUUUGAAGGAUACCAGAUUACAAUGCAGACAGGAAGUGUGGCCAAGCCAGACUGGACCUUCCUGCACUGCCUUCCCAGGAAGCUGGAGGAGGUGGAUGACCAGGUAUUCUACUCAUCCCGCUCCCUUGUUUUCCCUGAGGCUGAGAAUAGGAAAUGGACCAUCAUGGGUCUGAUGGUUUCUCUUCUGACUGACUACGCUCCACAGAUCCCCAUGCUUAAGUUUUAAUUAAGAUUUGGGUGUAGUGUUGAACCACCGACAUGCACCUCAACAUUAAAAAAUGAGCCCAAAGUGACUUUGUUUACAUUGUUUAAUACACUAUCAAUGUCCAUAGUUAAAUAUGAGGCUAUUUUCAGACUGUUUACAUUUGGUACAACAGAGGAUGGAGACCAGCAGUGAAAAUGUCUGUGUGAAAUGUGAGUGUUUAACUCGAUUAAUGUUGUUUUGGACUCCUGGCAUGUUGAAGUUUUACCAGUUUUUUGGGUGACCUGUAAUAGACUGGCGACCUGUUCAGGUUGUACCCUGCCUCUCGCCUGCUAGCUGCUGGGAUAGGCUCCAGUUUCCCUGUGAGCCUGAAUUGGAACAAGCAGAGUUUUUACAUUGUUAAUAAUCACUUGCUUUUUUUCUUUUCUUGUUUUCUUGUUCUGAAAAGAAAUUCAGAGCAGCGUUGAACACGUUAUCCAUGUUCAAAGUUAGGAAAUCGCUGCAUUUCAUGGCAUGGAUGUGCUGGUGAUUUUCUUUUCCUCACACGAUUUUCUACAGGUCUCUUAAAGAAAAAGGCUAAUUGUUGCAUGUAUGACAUUUUACUUUUUAGCGAUGUUUUGUUUUUAAAGGUCAGGAAAUGGACCAACACUUUUCACAGUAAAUGGAAUGAUUGUGUUAUAAGAGUAAAAACCCAAGUUUCUGGUUAAAAGUGUUCACAUGCAGCUGCAACAUUGCAACAUCUUAUGCUAAGGAUUUUUAAAGCUGUCAAGGUUGACUUUGUCCCUUAAGAGUCCAUGAUGCAAAAAUUAAAAAAUGUAAUAAAUAAGUCGAUUAAAUAUAAUUGUUUACAUUUAGUGUGUUUAUAAAGCUGUCACACUAUAUAAUUAUUUUAAUUCAGGUCUACAAAACUUCCCAUUUUGUGUAUGUGGAAUUUCACUGGGGACAGUGACACUGACAAACUGAAUCCCUCCAUGCCUCCCAUGAACCAAACAAUUCAUAGAAUUCCCUGUGUGUCCUAUGAAGUUAAACCAACAUUACUUAGGAUUUUGUAGA